GCAAAUAGUAUUGCUAUUUAUACAAAUAGCCGUUGUCAUAAUAAAAUCGAAACAGAAUAAGAGUGAAUGGAUUACACAGAGUUAAUAAAAAGGCUUAGGUUCUGUUCUGUUCAGUGGUGUUUUCUGGGCGUUACUGGUUACUUCCUCUCUUAGUUUCAGUGUGUGCACACAAGAAGAUCAUUUCAAUGUGUUAGUGGUUGUCAGAGAUGGGAGACCUCCAGUCAUUACGAGACUUCAUCCGCUGCUUGGAUCAACAGUCUUUACCCCGCAUCCUCCAGAUUUGCUCCGGGGUUUAUUUCCAGGGGUCAGUAUAUGAGCUUUCAGGGAGCGAAGUGUGUUUAUCUACUGGAGACCUGGUGAAGGUUAUUGGUUUAGAGCUUGUGUCUGUAUUUUGUGAGGACAUUGGCACAGAAACGUCAUUUGAGUUGUCUACUGAAUACUCAGGUCAGUUCACACUCAUCGCUGAGGACCUACCAUACUAUACAAUAGAGGAAAUUGUGGGUUUGUGCCCUGUUGGUGUGGAUGUUUGCAGCUCGUUCAGCUUUAUAAGUAAAGAUAAGCUGAAAAUAGAGGAUUUCACACUACCCGCUGAAGAAGAGUUGACGCUCACAUCAUUAGAGGUAGCUGAAGAUGGAGAAAGACAAGCACGGUGUCAGACGACUGGGCAGAACAUGGUCUCUGCAGAGAUACUCCUUCCACUGUCUCUUAAGGGGGAGUUUUAUGAGUGUGAGAGUGACCGUGGUUACUCUCUACAGGAAAUCAUGUCAUCAGCCAGGCUGAGCACCCGUCGCUUCCGCAGUACGAAUGUCAAGCAUAUUGGAGGCCCAUUAAUCUUCAGUCCUGUUUACGAAAUUAAGGCCAUUAUGCAGAUGAGGAAGGACAUAGUCAAGUUCCCCUCCAGCCUAGAAGUGGACGUUCAGGAUGUGACAGAACAGUUCCAUGAUUUAGUCUUUAUAACUCCACUAUCCAUGGCUGAAGUUGCAAGAAAACCACAGGAGUCUUUUCCCACUAUUGUAGAGAUCCUGGAUGUCCCAGAGGGCAAACAGUUCUUUAACAGCCUCUGGUUCCAAGAACUGCAGAAAGGAAGGCACCUGGUGCUACAUGGAUGGGGCCACACACCAAUGGUAUUAGCCUCAACUCGAAAGGGGAGGAAGGGAAAACAGUACUUCCUAAUCUCACAGAGAUAUUGUGGACGCAUGAGGAGGAAGGCCAGAGAAUUUGGAUCAGUAUAUGAGCUAUACUUGGCAUCCUCUCAGUCUCCAGGCUUGAAAGUAAAUGUGACGCGGCAUUAUGAAGCAGUACAGGAAGAAGGGGUACCUGCCCUGAGCGUUGGCGAGCAGCUUGAGGUUCUGGAAAUGCCAUUGCUGGAUAGGCUCAAGGGUAAUUCUGAGGUGGCUCUGAAAGUUGAAAACCUAAUUUGUAAACGGACUGUGGAGAUAGAUGACGAGGAUGAUGAAGAUGAUGAAGACGACAGUCAAGAAAUCUCCUUGCCGCUGUUCAUGGAAGGCCACUUUGUGGAAAAGCUGUCAGACAACAAGAAGUACAAUUUAACAGAUUUAAUUAACAAGUCUUUGCCUCUUGAUGUCAAAGUUGUAACUCAAGAUAAAGAGCUAGAAAAAGAUCCCUUGACAGGUUUGACAGCACUUAAGCUGGAGGAGACUUUUAUAGAGACUGUAGUGUUGACAAGCCUACCCAGUAAACCAGAAAGGUGCUUUGAGUUGCCGGUACGCUGGUUACAAAUGUCUGUCUGUGUCAUGUCUGAGCCUCUGCCUUGGUACAGUGAGUCCCCCAAACUGCAUGUAGAGACUGUCACUGAAGUAACUGAGAAUUUCUACUAUGAAUAUCACAAACUCACAAACAAAGUUGAGGAACCACCUCCUCGUCCACCAAAGAGGAGGCCAUCAUCUUCGGAAGUGCCAAAAAAGCCUCCAAAGUCUAAAUCAACAUUACCAAACCAAGCAAGCAAUAUUAUCAAACAACUGGAUGAUCUUUCUCUGGGUCAAACAAUGAUGAAGCGACCCUCUGCUCCACCUCCCCCUGAUGAUAUUUUAACAGAACCUCCUCUACCAUUGCCAAGGAAAAGCAUAUCGAUACCAGAGAGCAUCACUCAGCCUAAUACAUAUGUGAAAAGACCUUCUAUGCCACAAACCUUAGCAAGACAUCUUUCUGACUCUGAUCAUGAUUACGAGUCUGUUGAUGAUAUGUUCAAAAAUUCCAAUGACAGCAUCAUGCACUAUUAGACCAACAACCUGAAUUACAGCUAAGA